CCAUCCAAUUCCCACUCCCCCCUCCAGGGUCUGCGUUGAAUAUUCCAUGGGUCGGGACAUUUCUGGCACCCAAUGUGGGGCACUGGAUACGGGGGAUAUCGUGAGGAAGACGGUGCAUCAGAGGGUCGACCGCCUGAACCGAAAGCAAAGCCCUUUGUCUGCCACGGGAGCCUGCCACGCCACGAUUUGGGAAUAAUGAAGACUAAACGCCUUUUUUGGCUAAUUGGCCUGUUCUGCCAACUGACGUGGGUCCAAUCUGGAUUUGAGGAUCCCGGAAAAGCCCGUCAACUGCUAACUGCGGUCUACGGUAAACCGUGUGAGUGCGAAAGAGGAGUCAUUUCCAGUCCUCCAACGAAUACUCGGUCAUCCGUAGAUUGUGGUGACCGCACGGCUUUCCAGGCUGGCUGGUCAGGGACGUCAUCCCUCGAGUGGCGGUGUGUCAAUAAGCCUAGGGCUAUACCUACUGCUGAUGGGCACCCUGGCCCGUGCCCCUGGCAGACUUUUGCUGAUUCUAUGCAUAGUUCUUGUUACUCUGCUUUUCAACUAUGCACCCAUGGAAACAGUACAUAUUACACAGCCACCUUAGAUAAAAUUUAUUCAGGGUCUUUCGGAGGGGAGUUUGCAUCUCCCUCCUCCGCUGUCGGAUCACCCUCGUCUAAAUAUAGCCUAGCCCCUUGCACGGGCACAGUGGGCCGACCUGUGUGUUGGUCCCUUACUGCUCCUAUUCAUGUAUCUGACGGAGGAGGCCCUCAAGAUCAGGCUAGGACAUUUAAGGUACAAGGAAAAAUAGAAAAAAUGAUCGAAACUUUGUUCCCCCCAUUACAAUAUCACCCUGUAGCCUUACCUAAGGCCAGGGACGAGUUGAAACUCGACCCCCAGACCUCCAACAUCUUUCAAACCACCCAUAGCUUGCUUAAUGCAUCCAAUUUUAAACUUGCUGAGAACUGCUGGCUUUGCUUAAGAGUAGGACAGCCUCUCCCCCUUGCCUUCCCCACUCCGCUUUCCAAUUACUCCUCUGACGGACAGUGCUCCUUAACCCUUCCUUUACAGGUACAGCCUUUACAGUUUACUAAUUCCUCUUGCUACCACUCUCCCUCAGUUAACAAUAGUUAUGAAAUUAAUGUUGGCUUUGCCACAUUCACUCAGUGUUUGACAAUUGUGAACAUCUCCACUCCCCUGUGUGCUCAGAAUGGCUCGGAUCUGUCAGCUCUCAUGCCCGCUGAGUUUCCUGAAGGCACCAGCAGGGGACAGCAGACUCCACUGUCCCCUCCCAGCAGCUGCCUGGACCUCCCAGGCUGGAACCUCUAA